GCGCGCUCAACUCUUGACACACGCUCGCUCAACUUACUCAACAGCGUUACAAGUGUGCCACAAAAAUCAACCAAUCGGAAAAUUUAAGGUCAAUUGUGAUUGGCUGUUGGUCUCCAAUCACCACGCAGCACAAAGAAGACGAAAAAUGGAUUUUAUGGAUAGAUGUCUACUCUAGCCACCAUCAAACAUGACAGAGUCAAAUGGUGAAAACGGCUACAAUAUGCCACAAUGUCAGGGUCAUGGUGCAGUUGAGUCAGCAGCCAGAAAUUUGGUGUCUGUGCUGCUAAACAGUAUGGCCACAAACUGCCCAACACGGCCGUCAGAGACAGAGCUCCCUGUCCCUAGAAAUGUGCCUGUAACAGUUCAGCAAGAAAUGACAAGAUCUUUUCCAGGAUAUUUCAAAUCAAACUUCAGUCCUGGUAAAAAGAGGUGUUUGACUGCCACCAAGCAACUUGUAAAGACAAGUAAAACAACUGCUCUCAAUUUUUAUCUUCUUCCCAAAAAUACAUCCCACACACCGUUGCCAACUGAGGAGCUUGAACUCCUCCAGGCGGGUAUGAGAAGACAAACAGUGUCUCUUCCAGAAGAUGGUGACCACACAGAGAUUUCAAAGCACCUGGCUAACACAUUUGCAAAAAUGGAGGGUCUUUGUGGAGGAUGGCUCUUGCAUAAGGCAACAGGUGGCAGUGGUCGACGAAAGCUGACUGUCAUUCCACCAGAAGCAGAGGGGUAUUCUGUCAAAGCUCUGCGAGCUGCGUCAUCGUUUUACAUCGUACCACUCCAGGAGACUUUAGACACCUCUCCUCUGCCUUCUGACUCAUUUUCAAAAAUGCCAAAGAAGACAUGCUACCAGUGUAAUGAGGCGAUGCCUUUGCAUAUGCUUGCAGUACACAUUAAGACAUGCAAGGGAAAACUCACCUCCGAUGAGACUGGUGAAGAGUCCUCUGAUGAGUUAUGGGUUGUGGAGAACAAGUGUAAGGUAGUUUGUCCAAUUUGCACCAAAGAAUUCCCAGACGAUGAGAUCACAUUCCAUGCUAGCCUUUGUGGAGAGAGCUUUGAAUCUAUAGUGACUUCUGAAGCAAAUAGCAGUGGCCCAAGUACCCAUGCUCAAACUCCAGUAUGUAAAUCACUAAGUACGGAAGAUAUAUUGGACUUCCUUGAACAUCAAGUUGACACAACAACAGAAUUUAAGUUGUGUGUGGACAGAGAAGACCUUCCAGACAGGGGCAUUCUGCAGUGGAAAAGAAAGAAAGCUGCAUCUCCUGCCAGUACUCUGAAGGUGGUGUAUAUAGGAGAGGCAGGUAUUGAUACAGGAGCCCUUAGGAAAGAGUUUUUAACUGAUAUGGUUUCAGGUAUUGAAAACAGAUUCUUUGAAGGAGCUGGAAACCAGGGUAAAAAUCCCAAGUACUCUUUGACAGACCUUGAUAACGAGAACUUCAGAACUAUUGGUGAAAUAAUGGCAGUCAGCCUGGCACAAGGUGGCCCACCUCCUGCUUUUUUGAGAGGGUGGUGCUACAGCUUCCUCUGCACAGGAGAAGUGGACUUAAAUUCUCUGUCUAAGGAAGAUGUGGCCGAUCUAGAAUCCUGUCAACUCAUCAGCAGGGUUGAAGAUUCUGCAGAUGCUUAGUGUCUGAUGUUGAACACUGAUGAAAUUAUAAACUGCGGAUACACGAGCCACAACAAAC